AUUAACAGAAGUUCACAAAGUUGGUGAACAAAAAAAACUGCUGAAGCUGCUGCUGAAAUUUGAUUCUCCCAAUCACUAUACAUCCAGACUCCGCGCCGAAUAAAAUGGCAGCUUCGCUCGAUCAGCAUGAACAAUAUAAAACACCGAACGUAAUUCUGUUGCUGCAUAAAGAUUCACUGCAGUACUCCACAGUUGGUGAUUAUCCCGAAUUCGAAACAAAACGUCCGUUAAGGCGUUUCGUCCCGCUGGACAGAUCGAGUGAAAUCAAAUUUUUGAAGACCAUAGCCUUACUGGUUGUUCAUAUUGUGAUUGACCCGCUGUUCUACGAUGAAGAGUUUCUCAAACUUGUCAGGACAAUGUGUGGCAACAUCAAACGACUGACGAUCGACGCAAAUUUGUUGGAACAAGCAGAGUGCACGUACAAGCAGAAAAUGGUGGACGUAACGAACCCUGAAGCAAUGUUCCUAACACUGGAAACUUUCAUUGCUGGUCUCGAUGGAAUUGAGGAGCUCUAUUUCGGACCGAUGCUGCAUCUGACUGAAGAAUUUUACGAAGAAACCUUCAAACGCCCUCCACGCUACGAAGGUAAAGUGUGUGGAUGUGUAGAGCCCACACAUUAUCAUCCCAAAUUCUCCACGGACGUCAUCAACAGUUUGAACUCGAGUCUAAAGAAGAUUUUUUUCAACAAUGCUCAAGUUGACGCGUUCGAUUUACGAGAGAUUGCUGAUACCUGUCCCAUUGUUAUCAUACCAAUGUGUGUCAGCGACGAAAACCCGUUUCUCAAGCAGAAAGGUGAAUUUUUACACACCUGCCUGAAUAGAUUAACCAAUUUGAGAGCUCUAUCAAUCGAAUAUUUUGACAAUUGCUACCAUUCCGAAACCGUUCAGGAGCUGAUCUUGAACACACUCUCCGGAGACUUCAAAAUUCACGAAAUGUUUCCCAACGUAAAAACACUCCGAGUAAGAAUUUUCUGCCCGUUUGUGAUGGAUAUGUCGAAAACUGGAAACGAGGGGCUGUACGACGAUGUUGUUUUGGACGAAUUGGAAGUGGAAGAACAGAUUCCCUGUUUCUGCAACGGUCAACCUGACGUAAAGUCAAGCGAUGACCAUGGCGACAUUGAAUUGCAGACGUUAUUGCAUUCGUCCUUCCUACGUUGUUCUCUCGGAAUCGAAUCGUCACGCAAUCAGUGUAACAUCAAUUGCCACUGUGUUGAUGUGGCGAAAAUCGGUUUGCUAAAGAAUUUGAAUGUGAUCAAAUUGCGUUGCUUCGAUGAUAUGGUUGCACGAUUCAUAUCCAAUCUGCAAGAGAGUGGAAGCACUGCCAACAUUAUUGUAUAUGAAAAGAGUCGCUUCGAGGGAAGUGGCGAUCAUCACUCCCUAUGGAAUAAUUUGGUCAGUCUAGCCGAAACAAUGAAAAUUGUUCCACAUGAUAAGAUUGAGGUGGUCAUGAAGAAGGUGAACGACGACAUCAAGAUGAAGAGAAUCAGAAACAAACUGGGCCAGUUCAUUCCUGAUGAUGUCAAAAUUACUUUUGCUGAAUGAUCGAUUUUGUCGAAAUUUGUCAUUGGACGUGUUCGAAUGCGUUUUCAUUUUGAUUGUCUUUGAAGUUAACCAUCCAGUUUCUAUAAUUGUCAUUCAACAAAUAAAUGUUUUCGUUAGCCAAAAUUAUUCUUGGUUAAACUUGUAAGUUUCCGUC